UUUUUGACUUUGUCAUAAUGUUGAACAUUUCCAUUAUCCACGUGUUUGAGAGUAUUCUACUUCAUCUCUUUUAUAUGUUUCUCAUACAUCAUCACUCAAGAGAAAAUAUAACCAGAGUUUGCUUCUGCUGUUUUGGAAUGGCCUUUUAGGAAAAGGAAUGAUGAUGAAUAGGAAGAAAAACGAGAACUGUUGGAUUCACGUUACAAGAGUAGCAAAUGGUCGUUUUUGGCAAUGCAAAUAUUGUAAUCUUACUUUUGAGGGUGAUGCUUCAAGAAUUAAAGCACACUUGGGUCUGGAUGGAGAAACAGGAAACAUUACACGAUGCUUCUUUUAUGAUGGUGAUGAACAAGUUCACAACAAUCUCGCAUCCUCUUCAAAUAAUCCAAUACUAGUUCAAGGUGAGAAGUGGAGCAUACGCGAUAGAAGUAUCUUUGAAAGUAAGAUUAGUAACUUAAAAGGAAUGGUUAUUGAUCUAGAGAAUGAGGAAAACGAUAUCGCAAAACAAACUCAAUGGUUGAAGUCUCGGGGCAAAAAGCGCAAACCAGAAGUUGAUGUAUGGAUAAAAGAAUCACAUGAACUGAAAGAAAGAGUGGGUGCUGUUAAUAACUUAGAUGACAUGAAUGAGUUGUUCAAAGAUAUGAAACGGCACAAGGGAGAAAAACCUCUCACUUUGUCGACUGAAUUUGUCGGGAAAGCAUUAGACGUUAAUAUCAAGAAAGUGUUUCAUCUUCUAAAUGACGAUCGAGUUUUUGUUAUCGGUAUAUAUGGAAUGGGAGGAGUGGGAAAAACUUUACUUGCAAGUCUUGUGGAGAGUGAAAUAAAAAAGAAAGGAACUUUCAAACAUGUGUUUUGGGUUAAUGUUUCUCCGAACUUCACCAUCUCAAAACUGCAACAUGAUAUCGCAAAACGAAUAGGCAUGGAGCUUGAUGAAGACGAUGAGAGAAGUAGAGCAAACAAACUGUCAACGACGUUGGAGACAAAGGAGAACUCUGUUCUUAUUUUGGAUGAUGUUUGGAAAUACAUUGAUUUGGAAAAGGUGGGAGUUUCUACAAAAGCGAAUGGAAUUAAAGUGAUUCUCACAACGCGUUUGAAACACGUCUGUCAACAGAUGGAUUGCUUGCCAAGUCAUAUGAUAAACGUGAUACCUCUCUUUGAAGUCGAUGAAGGUUGGGAGUUAUUUAAGGUAAAACUUGGACACUACGGAACACCUGCUAUACUCUCCCCUGAAAUCGAAAAUAUCGCAAGAGUUAUCGUAGAUCGGUUCGAGGGUUUGCCGCUUGGAAUCAGUGUAAUGGCUAGGACCAUGAAAGGGAUUGAUUACAUUGGUCAAUGGAAGCAUUCGUUGAAUAAACUUAACAAAUUGGAAUCGGGACAAGAGGUGAAUGAAGAAGUUUUUGAGGUAUUAAAACGUAGUUAUGAUAAUUUGACGGAAAGAGACCUGCAAAACUGUUUUUUGUAUUGUGCACUGCUAACUUGUUAUGAAGCGUAUGACAGAGACGAAAUGAUUAUGAAACUUGUGGACAACGGACUGAUAAACGGGAACAGGUGUUUGGAAGAAAUAUUCGAGGAAGGGUAUACCGUAUUAGGAAAGCUCGCAUCACACAGUUUGAUGAGUAGUUGUGAACAUUCAUAUCAAUUUAAUUUUCAGUUGUCGAUAGAUACAGCGUGUUAUAUUAUGAAAGAAAGUAAGAGAAAUGCUAUGGUGAAAUUCGAGAACGAAUUGACUAAGACAAACAUCGCACAUGAAUGGGCAGCUGAUUUAGAGUUUGUUCAUAUUUGGGCUAGUGACAUAGAAGAAAUUCCAGAGGGAGUGUCGCCUUAUUGUCCGAGGUUGUCGACCUUGAUUAUAAAUCAAUCGUCUGUUCGACAUGUUCCAGAGAGUUUUUUCAAAUGUAUGAACACUAUAACAAUACUCGAUCUGUCGUAUAGCGAAAAACUAGAAUGUCUGCCAAAUUGUAUCAGUAAGAUGAAGUCUCUUGUUUCUUUAGUACUAGUAGAAUGUAAUAUGCUGAAACAUGUGCCCCCAUUGGGAGAAUUGAAGGCAUUGUCAAGAUUGGUCAUUUCAGAUUGUUCCAUUAAAGAAGUGCCACAAGGUUUGGAUAAGCUGCUGAAUUUGAAAUGGCUUGAUCUAUCCGUCAACGAGAGUUUGAGUUUCGAAUUAGGCUCUUUGAAUCUGACGAAAUUGCAAUACCUUGAUCUCCAAGAUACUCGUGCAAAGAUUUCUAUCGAAGAUAUUCAAAGAAUGACUAUGUUGGAAUGUUUCGGAGGUGCUUUCGACUGCAAACAUUACGACCAGUACGUGCAAAGCUAUCUUGACAUACGAUCCGGACUCAAAGCAUAUCAUCUCAUAUUAGGAAACGUGCACGACGAAUCAAGAUCUGUUUUGCGGAAUAAUAUUUAUUUGAAGACAUUUGAUCGAAGUGAUCCUGAAAUCAUGACUAUACUAUUUAGAGACUGUGAUCAUUUCUCCCACAUGCUACCUAAAGAUCUUACAUGUCUGCAUAUAGAUAAAAAUGAUCAUUGGGUUUGCUUAUGCGAUGCUCUCUCAUGUAACAUGACUUCUUCUUUGAAGAGAAUUGGAACUUAUGAUUGCCGACAGCUAGAGAGGUUGUUUUGUUUAUCUGAUUCUUGUUCCUUUUGCAGCAAGAUUCACAAACUUGAAAUUUUGGAACUUGAAAGUUUGAAAAGGCUAACCGUCAUCGGUGUUGAUGCAAGACGGUCUCCGUCAUUGGGCGGCAUAUUCUCUUGUCUUCAAAGUUUCUAUAUUUCUGAGUGCCAUUUGAUAGAGAAGUUAAUCACACCAAUGUUGGUUCAACAACUUCAAAAUCUGGAGACAAUUUCAGUAAGGUGUUGCAAUUCAAUGAAAGAGAUAUUAGCGGUGAGCGACGACAUUUCCGACAUCACACUUCCCAAGUUGAAAAGGUUGGUUUUGGAUUAUUUACCACAGUUGAAGAUUGUAUGUAAAGGGAGUAUACAUUGUGGAUCUUCACCUCCAAAACUCACCAUCUCCCACUGUCCAAGUUUAGAACGGUACCCUACAAUAAAAUGUUGCAAGUUUUAAUGUAUGCCUACAUCGUAUAAACUAAACAAUUAUUCUACUUCCAAUAAACCAAAUUCUUA